AAAAAGUUAAUGGCGUUUGUAUUUUGUUUGAAUGUCGAAACGUCGUCUUGACAACGAAUUUGGUGGUUUUUUAAUGGAAUAUUCAAUUGAUUUAAUCUCGAUAAUGUUAAAUUAUGGAUGAUCCCGACAAUUAUACAUCGCAAACGGCUGAUAUUAAGAACGUUCUUCCGGAUGUCGUGCAUUCUCAACAGAUACCCGUUGUAGGAGUCGUCGAUGCGGAUGAAAAUAUUGAUACAGGACAAAAUGUGCAACAAGAAUUAUCGACUACCCACACUGACGACAGCAAAACUGAGUCCAUAUCUGAGGAUGUUCCCUCCAAAUGUCAAUAUUCUACUGAUUCGGAGAGCAAUAGAGCUCAGGGACUUCUCACUGUUGAUAAUGAGCAGGAGCAAGUAUCCAGAAAUAGUUCUCUAAACUUACCACUUCCACAGUCACCGCUUAGUGAAAAUCAGAACACUCAAAACCCUAGUAAGCUUAGCACAUCUUGGCCCCUAGACAUGAAUGCUGAUGUGCAUUUAAUUAGUGAGGAAAGUCCAGUUAAUUUGGCAUUAUCAUCAGACCGAGAAGUUACGUAUGACAAUACUCCAGAUAGAUUGAACAUUGACAGGCCAGAAGAAUCUCCAAAGAGUGACCAUUAUUUAGACUCAUUAAAUAGAUCUGACAACUCUCAUGUUGAGGAGGCAGCAAAUAAAUCAGAUGAUGAAAAAUCACCAGAAAGAAGCUCAGAAUCUGAAGAAAUAAUAAAACUUGACAUUAGAGGCCAAGGCGUGCCAAAAUUUUCAUUUCCUGCAGCAAAAAUAAUUUUGGGCCUCCACCUGAAGGAAGUGAAGUUAUUGAUGCAAAUGUAGAUCCAUUACCAGUGUUCCCGAACUUGUUAUCACCUUUUCUAGUUGGUGCGGGGACACAGUUAAAGUAGAGGAGGUCUUUGACAAUGAAGUAAAAGAACUAUCUCCAGACAAAUCUUUGGAUGUAACAUCAGACAAAAGUUUAUCAAGCGAUAAGAUAGAGCAAAGUGACUUAUUAAUAGAAGAAAUUAUGGUGGAUGAUGAGUUGAAAGAGAAAGAAAGUGAGGGAAAGGAGUCUUUACCACCAAAAUCAAUUCCAGUUGAGGAAGCAUCAUUCAGUACUCUGACCACAGAUUACAAAACUAUAUGUGAGGAAUAUCAUGGGAAGCUUGUGCACUUGGAAGAUGCUAUCACCCAACGCGACCAACUAAUAGAGGAACUCACCGUCUCCUUACAGCGCUCGGUACGCGAGAGAGACGACCUUAGGGAUGAGAACCACCACCUGACCAAUGAGGUGCAGCACCUGCAGCAUGUGGUGGGGGAAAUGUCCCACACCGAACAUGAUACCAUUAAAGCGCAGUUGUCAGACUUCGUCAAAUACCAGAGCAUGGUCAAAGAUGAGACCAAAUUCUAUUCAGCUUUGAUGAGCGGGGAGUCAUCAGUCCAAACCUCUAACAGCGAGAAAGAUAUGGAUAGAGAAGAGAUAACUGUGAACUAUUCAAAAUCUGACUUGAAAUCUUCUGAAACAUCGGACGAUUUCCAAACUGGUUUCGAAAGUAAAAUAACUAAAAUUAUUGACACAUUUGACGAGUGUAUUGAGGAGAAUUUGAGGAAUAAACUGAGGGAAAGUUUGAUCCAAGUAUUGUGUGAUGAGAUUGGGAAGAUGAGAAUUGAAUAUGACACGGAUAUCAAAGAGUUGGAGACGCAGGUGCAGCAGGAUAAGCAGGCGUUCACUGUGGAGACGAGGCGGCUGGAGGAGCUACUCGCGUCGGUGAAGUCUGGCAAUUCAGAUAUAGAGGCGCUGCGCGAGGAGCUGGCCGUCAAGCAUGAGAAGGAAAUGGAAAACUUGAGGACUUACUUUGAAAAGAAAUGCUCGGAUAUGGAACGGAGUUACUCGGAGGAGGUUUGGCGAGGUAAAUGCCAGUCCCCAUUAGGAUCAGCGUCGUCUCUUGACGGCGCUGCCGAUGCCGCCGGGGACUAUUUCAGGCGGAGGACCAGGAGUGCUGAACUACCUUCGCUGUCUCUAGAGUCAACGCCCAUGGAACAAGCGGCGCGACAAAUAAGCAAGAAAUACGAGCAGCAAAUAGACGAGAUGAAGGCAGAGCAUGUCGCCUACGUGAACGAGUUGCAGGACAGGCAGAGAGAGGCUAUCGCUUCACUCGAGGACCAGGUGACCCAACUGAAGGCGCAUAUGCAAACCACAGAGAACACUGAAGCCAAUGUGUCGUUGUACCAGCAAGAUAUCGACUUGGAAUUAGAAAAGAAGAUGGAGGCGCAGCUGGAACAACGCCUGGAGGAGGCCAGGGAACACGCGCGGAGGGACGUCGUCGCGCAGCUCGAGGAACAGUUGCAGGUGUUGCUGUCAGACCCUGACGCGGAGGUGUCGAGCUGGCCGCUGGAGCUGGUGGCGCUGCGGGACCGCAUCCAGGGCGACUGCAAGACGAGGGACGAGAGGGAGGUGUCGAGCCUGCGGGACGAGGUGUCCGCGUGCGAGGACAAGUGGAAGCAGCGCCGCAACCACAGCUUCGACCAGAACAGACACCUCGAGGAGGUCACCAGGGAGAGGGACGACUUAAAGCGUGUAGCUGUGAGCCUGCACCGCGUGGUGGGCCAGCUGGUGGCGUACUGCGCAUGCGCGGAGGACGAGCUCAACCGCACCGUGCUCACGCAGCUGCUGGGCCGGCUGCUGCCCGGGGGUGCGGACGAAAGUAUCCUGGAGGAAGAGUUCCGUCCGUCGACGCCGAGCCUGCUGGGGGAGCUGGACGCGAGCGCGGUGUCGCGCGGCGGCAAGCACGUGCACUUCGCACCGGACCUCAAGGAUAUACUCUCUGAUCUAGAUGAGGAGUGCGUGGUGGGGUUCGUGCAGCGGCAGCGCGACCUGAGCGCGGACAUCAAGCGCGAGCUGGAGCAGUCGCUGCGCCGCCUGCGGCUCGAGGCGCACUCGCUGCUCGACCUCUCCGCCAAGCUCGCCGCCAAAGGAAAGUCAGAGCAGAAAAUGCUGGAAUCGAGCGUGUCAGUCACCGAACUGGUGCAAGAGCUGGACGACAACAAGACUUGCGACAACUGCGAACUGCAUCGGAAGACUAUGGAAGAGGCGAUGGCGGAAUGCUUGCAGCGCGAAAAUCUCCUGCGGUCCGAUCUGGAGGCUGCGAUGAUUAAGAUCGCUCAGCUGAUGACCAGCGCUGAUGUUAUCGCGGAGGGGUAUGGCACGGGAGGUCAAGUCCACUCGCCGCAGUCGCGUCGGUCCCGCGGCGAUAGUCCGCGCUCGCUCGACAGUCCCGGCGCCGGGACCGACGCGCGGGAACUCGACGCGCUGCAGCGGGAGCGGGACGACCUGCACCAACAGGUUAAACGGAUGACAGAGUCGCCCGUACAUAAGAUAUGCUGCGACAAGCUGGAGGCGGCCAACCGCCAGCUCCGCUCGACGCGGCAGUUCGUGGAGGAGCAGGCGAGCGAGCGCGAGGCCGAGCGCGACGAGUUCGCGCGCGCGCUCGCCGACCUGCGCGACGAGAAUACUCGCCUCGCCGCGCGCCUGCACAACAACGCGCGCAUACUCAACGAGAUGCACUGCCUGCGCCUUGCCAAAUGCAACUGUCGCGAGCACGAUGCACAUGUGGAGCAACUCGAAGCCCAGACAAGAGAAAUGAAUCAAAUCAUUAACGAACUCGAAACACGUAAAGUCCAAACAGACGACGAACUAAAGGCCAACGAAGAGAAAAUAGUCCUGCUCAGAGACAUCAUUGCAAACCUGGAAGGGCAGUUGGAACAGAAAACAUCACGGGAGAAAGAGAUUUUGGAAGAAUUGGAGGAAAUGAAAAGAACAAUAGAUGAAAGAGACGGGAGAAUGAGAGGGUUGCUGAGUGAGUUGGAGUCUCUGAGAAAUGAGAAGGCUGAUCAGAGCGAGGUGGUGUGCUCCAAAUGUGGCCUCGAGGAGGAAAAGUACACCGAUCUCUUACAGAGGAUUAAGGAACAGUGUCACUGGCUGGAAGAAGCGAUGCACCGACGCACGCGCAAGCUGGAACACUUGCACGAGGUCUGUUCCACCAGCUGCAGCGAGCCCAGCGAGGAUGUCUCCAUCCGUGACCAGAAGAACAUGCAGCUUGAGUGGAAGUCCGAGGAGAGCGUGACGCCGCGCGCGUGCGGCGGCGAGCUGCGCGUGGUGUGGGAGGCGCUCGGGGCGCACGGCCGCGCGGAGGACGCGGUGCUCAAACGUCUCGCGGACCUCGAGAUGCAGCGGAACAGCCUCAAGGACCUCGCGCAGGAGGUCCGUGCGGAGCGCGACGUGCUGCAGGCGCGCAUGUCGGAGCAGGCGCUGAAGAUCUCGUCGCUGUCGGCGCGCCUGCAGCAGCAGCGGAACGACGCGGAGGCGCUCUCGCACCAGGCCACCAGCCAGCUCACUGUGCAGCUGCACGAUGCGUUGGCUGAGGUACAAAGGUUGAAAGAGGAGCUGGACUCGAAGGAUAAGCAGCUGACCCGGCUUAAGCAGCAUGUGGACGAGCGAGACCGCUUGCAAGAGCAACAUCACUCGCUGUACGGCAACUCGUGUAAUCCAAAAGACAAAGUAAUGAUCUUAGAACGUGAGCUAUCAUCAGCUCAGACCCGAAUCGCCCAGCUAGAAUCCCUCGCUAGAAGCUUAGAGAAGGAUAAAGAAGACCUUCAGACCAGCAUCAGGGAUCACCAACGUGAGCUCGCUGAGAAGGAGGAACAAUUACAAGAGUUGUUGGCGCUAAAACUCGACGAAGACAACCAUAAGGACGAGAACGACGCUGUUGAAGGGAAAACAUCUGCUCGCACUCUCAGCGACAUAGUUUCUAUAUCCGAGUUCGACGAACAAGACUUGCAAAUGAGGAGAGCUGAAAUUAAAGCUCAUAAUGUUAGUUUAACAGACGCGCCUUAUCCUACUGAGCUGAGAGAUAAAACGUUAAAUAGACAUUGCCCCCAGAAAUGCAGAGGCCUAAUAUGAGUUCGUUAAACAUCGAAUGUACAGAUCAUUUUGAAUUGCCCAGUUACACUCCCAGAGCCGAUUCGUUACCAGCCCAUCUCACGUCUACGCAGAAUAAAGAUAUGGAAAAACCGUACAAGAGAAACGUUAAUGAAGUGACCUUGUUCGAGCAGCGGUUGGUUUGGGAGACGUGCUCGCAACUGCUCAAAAAAUAACUGAUAAUUGCUCAAUGUACCCAAACAGGGACGUAGAUGACACGAAAAAUGUUAGUGUCGAACCGAAGAAAAUUAAUUUCUCGCUAGAAGCGACAAGUGACAAGGAAGAAUUCACUUCAUUAAGAGAGUUGGGAAUAACGUUGGACAUUAAACAAGAAAACUUCCCAGACAUAUUGACACAGUUGAAACAUGAAAUUAAAAAGUCAAGAAGUGAAUUGGAGAUUUGUAAAUCUGAGCUUAAAAAUGCCGAGGAGCAGUUGUGUGAGUUCCCGGCUUUAAAAGAAGAAGUAGAAGAAUUAAAAGGACUUUUGGAGAACACUAUGGUAACUAUGGAAAAUGACAAAAAGUAUUAUGAGAAUGAACUUGAGAAUUUUGUAUCUAACAAGAAACUACUAGAACAACGCGUUGCGGACCUUACUAAUGAAGUUACUGAGGGGUCUAAGAACCUACAUUUGCUCAAAGAAGAUAUUUUGAGGAGAGAAAAUAUGAUAUUGGAGCUGGCUAAAGAAAAACGUAACUUGACCAAUAGAAUCGCAGAAUUAGAGGUUAAGAUAGAUGAAUUGCAAAGCAAAAAUGCUGCUUUAGAGAAGUUUGAAACUGAAAACCACCAAAUGAGAGAAAAAAUUGUCGAAUUACAAAAAUUGGAGAACCUUGUAUCGGAAAAGAAUCAACAGAUUGAUAGUCUGAAUCAACACCUAGACAGACUUGAUGAUCUCGCAACGCCGUCUGCAUGAUAAAACUGAGGAACUAAACAACCUUAAUAAGGCCAUGCAAGAGAAAACUAACGAAGUGUUCCAUCUCCAAACUACGGUUGAAUCGCUUAAACGUGACGUAACAAGACUUAAUACAGAAAA